AUGGAGGGAAGGGAAUCGAAUCGACUCGAAUCGGUUCGAAUCGACUCGAAUCGGUUCGAAUCGACUCGAAUCGGUUCGAAUCGGUUCGAAUCGGUUCGAAUCGACUCGAAUCGGUUCGAAUCGACUCGAAUCGACUCGAAUCGACUCGAAUCGGUUCGAAUCGGUUCGAAUCGACUCGAAUCAAGCGGGUAGCUAACAAGAGUCAAGCGGGUAGCUAACAAAAAUUUUUUCGAAUCGGUUCGAAUCGACUCGAAUCGGUUCGAAUCGACUCGAAUCGGUUCGAAUCGACUCGAAUCGGUUCGAAUCGGUUCGAAUCGGUUCGAAUCGACUCGAAUCGGUUCGAAUCGGUUCGAAUCGGUUCGAAUCGACUCGAAUCGGUUCGAAUCGACUCGAAUCGACUCGAAUCGGUUCGAAUCGGUUCGAAUCAAGCGGGUAGCUAACAAGAGUCAAGCGGGUAGCUAA